CUAACUGUAAAAUAUUUCAAUUCAGUGGCGUGCUGAAUGUCCAUCCCAGCUGUCUCCCACGAUGGCGUGGUCCUGCACCGAUAAUCCACACCCUACUUCAUGGUGAUAAAGUGACUGGGGUGACAAUUAUGGAAAUAAGACCAAAAAGGUUUGAUGUAGGUCCAAUUAUUAAGCAAGAAGAGUUUGCUGUUCCCCCGCGUUGUACUGCAAAGGAGCUGGAAGUGAUGUUAUCCAAGAUGGGUGCAAACAUGCUGAUAUCAGUUUUGAAAAACUUGCCUGAAAGUUUAAAAAAUAAAAAAGAGCAACCAAAAGAAGGAGUAACAUUUGCUCCUAAAAUAUCUAUAGCUAAGAGUUGUAUAAAGUGGGAGGAGCAAACGGCUGCCCAAAUAAUUCAACUGCAUCGUGCAAUAGGAAGUAUGUUUCCUUUGCAGACGCUCUGGCAGGGCACUACUGUUAAGCUUCAGGAUUUUGAGGAAGUGGAUAAUAUCCCUGGUUUUGCUGAUCAAAUAUUAAAUGGCUGUGGAACUGUUCCUGGUUCUCUACUAUACCAUAAAGUGUCCCAGACACUGAUAGCUCGUUGCAAGGAAGGCUGGGUUGGAAUCAAAACAGUCAUAUUAAAGAAGCAGCUUACAGCAGUUGACUUCUACAAUGGAUAUAUGCACUCUUGCUUCCAGCAGAACUCAAGACCAGUUCAUCAGGAAUGCAGAUUUCAAACACUCAAACUUAGCACGAAAAAAAAGACUCUGAAAGAGAGGGAAAUGCUGACACAGGAUAUAAAACAAUAGAUGUGUUUCAAAAUAUGAAAGAAGAUGUCUGUUUUCUAGAACACAUGAUCCUCCAGGAAAUCCAAGCCUAUGAAUCAGAGUCAAAGACUGGAAACAACACCAAGGUGGAAGUCAGGCUCCUUUGGAGAAUUCCUUUUGUCUCUGACUGCAGACUUGAGGGUGCAGUUUGUGCUGCAGAAGUUACAAAACUGGCAAGUUUGUUUCCAAGCAAAUGAUGUAGUUUUGUGUUUUGCUCCCACCUACUACUUGCAAGUAAAGGUUGUGAAGUCAUUUUGCUUUUACUGUG